ACAGGAGGGGCAUGGUAGAUAAAAUAUGUAGAUGUGUAAAUGUCUUGUGCAUCAUCGCCCUUUUAAAGAGUGGUUUAUAUACAUGAUUGAGGGCUAAUCAGAGCGAGCCGCAUGGCACCGGCAGAGCCAUCGGCUAUCACAGAGCGGGGGAGAGAAGUUCAAAAGGCAGCAUGUCGAGGGAAGAGAUCAAGACAGAGGUGUUCAUAGUGUCUGAAAUGGAAGAGACGGGUGAAAAGAAGAAGAGCAAGUACGAGCGGUACGUGCAGCCGUGCCUGGCGGAGGUGCUGGGGACCUUCAUCCUGGUGUUCGUGGGAUGCAUGUCAGUCGUCGGGAACUCGGGGACCAGCCCCAUGCAGCCGGCGCUGUCGCAGGGCCUCACCGUGGCAGUGCUGAUCACCAUGUUCGCUCCAAUCAGUGGGGGCCACUUUAACCCCGUGGUGUCUCUGAGCUUCUACCUGUGUGGAGAGAUGGAUCUGUUCCUGCUGCUGCCCUACGUGCUGGCUCAGAUGAUCGGAGCCACGAUCGCUGCUUUUCUGACCAAGACCCUGUACCCCGCUGAUUUGUACACCAAAUUGCUCGGAGGGGCCUUCGUCACAGGAGCAGUCGGUACGGCCAUGCUGGCAGAAACCGUCUUCACGCUGAUCCUCAUCGUGGUGGUGUGCUUGGGGGGCAUCAACAAAGUGACCCAGUCGCCGUGGGCUCCCAUCUGUGUUGGCCUCAUUGUGGCCGCAAACAUAUUGUCUGGCGCGACGGUGUCCGGAGCCUGUAUGAACCCCGUCCGAGCCUUCGGCCCUGCAGUGGCCGCGAACCACUGGGAAGACCACUGGGUUUACUGGCUUGGACCCACCUGUGGCACACUGCUCGCCGUGGUCUUCAUCAGGGUGUUCCUGGGUGAUCAGAAAACCCGACUGGUGCUGAAGUGAAGGUUUAAUCCAUCAAGAAGAACAGCAAGAGAGCUGCGUUUGUUCCUUAAAUAGACUGUAACGCUUUGAUUUUGUUUUAAACGUCUUUGUCCCGUGGCCAUCCACAGUUGGUGGUGGCACAUACGCUGAAUAUCAUGUUUAUGUUUCCUGUUUUAAUAAAGACUUUUGAUGAUAA